AUGGAAUAUGAAGGGAUAUAAACUGAAACAUAAAUUUUUGGAAGUUUCCAUUAGUAUUUACCAGAAUAUCAGAUGCUAAAAUUGAUUUUAAGGGAGUUGUCUAAUUCUUUAAGGAGUUUUCCUGAGGAUUAAACGAUUCUAAGUGAAAUUAAAAUAGAAGGGAGGAGAUCAUGCUGA